GCUCAAUUUCCUUUCUGACGUGAUGCGAUGAAUGCGGUGGAAGACAAUUUGUGAGUUUCUGGGCAGAAAAUAUCGUUAUUUUUCGUUUUCAUACAAAGACUUAAGUUUUACUUGAGUUUUAAGAAAGAUGAUAUCAAGUUGGAAUGCAAAGGAACUUGCAGCUGCGGCUAAUUGGUCAGUAAAUUGUGGAAAAUUUUUAGGAAACUGUAAUGCUCUAGGUCUUGGAAUUUUGCCAAACAUGGUUGUUUUCAUACCGGAAACAUUACCUACUGUUUUCCUUUGUGGCGUAGGUUUCUUAACUUCUAUCGAUUUUUCAGCGUUUAUAAAAGCUGACGGAUUUAGGCACGCCGUUAAAUGUAGGUUGUCUUGGGUCAGUUAGUGGUUUUUUGUGUGUCUAUUCUGUCGGACGGUUCAUCGUCAAUAUCUUCUGCGACGAAAACUAGACUGUUGACGCUUUCUCGUCAUGGAAAUAGUUCACAUUUUUGCCCAAAUUGUGAAUGACGAAUUCCCAAGCAUAUUUUAAACGUUGGUUGAAUGUGUGUGAGUUUGAAAAAUUUCCCAGAAGUUACAUUCUCAGAUACCAGAUCCCUAACCACGGAAAAAGAUCUCCUGAUGCCUCUAACAUGUGUUGAAAUUAAAUUUAGAGCAACUACAGAAUACAGGGCCAUAUUUAUAAACAGACGUGGCUCAGUGAUCCGCUAGUAAAGGUAUAUUUAGUGGCUUGGUGGUUUGUCAUUUGGAAAGGACAGAAAGUGACACUUCUGGUCCUAGAUGUUGAAAAGAUGGGAUAAAUCAUUAUCUGGUGGAUUAGUAAGAAACCCAGGUUAAUUUAUCCAACAUUUAUUAAAGCAUUUUUACAGCCUGUGUGGCAAUCAUAAUUUAACCCCAGUUAAUAAUGUCUGCGAAUCAGCCCCGGGGUCAAAAUGAUAAAACUCUUACAAGUGUGGCCCUUGUUUUAGUCUAAAAACAGCAGCUACACUUGUGAAUUACACCUGUAAAAGUUUUAUUGUAUUGACCCCUGAUGUCUUUGUUCUGGGCUACCAUUGGACUCAGUGAAUUACCAGGGAUGCAUUUUGAAUUUUCGUUCAGCCUUAUCAGCAAGUCAACAAUGGCAUCUUAACAGAGCCAAUCAUGCCACAAACACAGAUCCUGAGUACAUAGUUAAGGACCCAGAGCAAGAAAUUUGGGUUAAUCAAAAAUCUGGCACCUGAUUUGGCAUGUUAUGGCCAGAUUUUGGUUGUCAAAUGACUCUUUUUUUAAAACUAUGUAUAAAGGUUGUGUUAUGCUCAAAAGUCAAUUUUCUCAGAAAACUUGGUACUUUUCUGAAAACCCAUUUGAGUGUUGCAGAAAAACAAGUCAAUGUUAGUUGAGCAGUUUUCUGGAUGCUCUAAUGAGCUAAAACUUAUCAAAAAGCCAUUGACAGGUUGUAAACUUAUCCAGAUGUAAAAUAUUAAUUUCCAAAGUCUGGGCUUGAGCAGAAAGCAAAAUUUUCAAAGUAGGUUUUAUCAAGAUAGUUUUUGGGUUUAAAAGUGACACAGCAGUUUUGACUUUUUCUUUCCUCACCCCUUCUUUUGCUUUUCUUUCCUCAGUGUUUUUCUUUUGCUGGGCAAUUAGUAGACUACAUUUUGAUGGGAAAAGUUUUAGGAAAGCUUUCAGGACCUAAGGAUUAGAAUGAAAGGAAAGGUUCAUGGUUAGCUGAACAAGAUUUUCAUGGGAGUUUUUCAGAGCAAUGUUAUUUUGUUGUUGUUGUUGUUGUUUUUUGCCUUUUUCUCCGGCCUCCGUGAUGGAUCAUGCUCAUUGUGGUGUGGUUUGUAAGAUCUCUUCACCCUGCCCAAGGCUGAUGACACAGUUGUCACAGUUGUGGUUAGGGGUUGUUCAGGGUGAAUGUGUAACUUGCAGACAGUACACUACAAGUUUUUUCCCAUUUUUAACCUGACAUUUCUUAUGGCAGGUCUCGUCAGUAUCAGGCACCCCCUCCUGGUACCAAUGAAAAUAAUGAGAAUUCAAGGGCAGUUGAUGGCCCCAAACAGGGAGAGACUCCAGAGUGGGAGAGAGCACGCCAAGCCUUAGCUAAAGUCAGCUCUCAGAGUCCCACAAAGUCACCUGUAAAGCCUUCAGUAAACACUACUGCCAACACAAAUAAUGCCAUGACUUCAAAUCAGCAGCAAUUUCUGGCAUGUCAGCAGUACUAUCCACAAUACUAUCAACCAUGGAAUGGUUAUAUGCCUUAUGGUUACCCCUAUCCAGGAUACGUGCCAGCAUACACAGUCCCUCCUCCUCAACCCACAGUACCACCCUCUCCAGUAAGUAGAUUUUUCAGACCUAUUUCAAAGUUAUGCUAGGCGCUUAAAUCAGUUCAAAGGGGACAGACGGCAAAUUUUUGUUGUUGGAGUUGUCCAUAAGUCGUAACUGUUCAUCAGUAAGAUGCCUAAAAUGUUUUCAUUUUCAGAAUGGUUUUGGCACCAUUUAAAUGUACAGUACUUAUGUACCAAGUCCAAUUUAUUGUAGAACAUUUAUAUCAAUUUAGUUCUCUGGGAAACUGCACUACCCCAACAUUUUUCCCUAAGUAAGUAAGUGUUAAUGUUGGCUUAGGGGAGGGGUAGGUGGUUCCCCGAAACCUAAAUUGAGCCAAACAUUUUAGGAGGAGCCACCCACAAUGUGAGCACAGCUACGGACAAGUGGUUUCGGUGUAGGUUAGAGACAAGUGAACCAAAAUAUAUACAUCAUAACCUGUGUGAAAGAAAAUUUGUUUACAUGUUGUAGCUAACAUCUGUUCCAAGGUUAAACCAGUAUUUCCUUUUUCUCCUUGAAUAAUUAGAGCUAGCAAGCAAAGGAAAUCCAGAAUGCUGGUUCAUCUUGCGAAUGGAUUUUACCUACAACAUAAUGCUUGAACAGAUGUCUAUCUUGUCUCUUUAUUCCCGUUGUUUUUGAUAAGAGUAAUUGUAUGUGACGGAAUGUAAAAUUUUGGACUUUUUGUCUUCAUUUUGGUAUCGUGGAAUGUUAUUUUCCUUUGGUUUGGGUAUGACAACUUUUUGAAUAACAAGUUUGAGACAGUGGAAUAUAAAAUAAGGAUUAAAUUGAAACAACAACAUCAGGGUUUUCAUUAAGACCAGUAGCGGGGAAAGGUGUAAUGUUACAGGAGAAUAUUUUACAAGAGGCUCCGCGUCUGGAUAAAAAAUGGUCACAGUCUGCUGAACAUUAGCCACAGAAUUCUGCAUAGUAAAUGGAUAAUUCUCCGAUUUCUGAUGCCCAAUGAAUGCUGUACAAGAUUGUUCAGUUCGAAACUUCUCAUCUUACCACAGUACUGUGACAGCAGUACUUCAGUUAUUUUUCAACAGCAGACUGACUCAACAUUAUUGAUUUAUUAGGCCUACAAACCAUCACCACCACAAGUACCUUCAUCAACAGCUAGCCCAUUAAACUCCACUGAGAGCAGCAGUUCCUCUACCAGUGAAAAAAAUAAUCGUGACAACAAUUCUUUCAAUAAUCCCUCACGGGAGAACAGUCUUCAGUCAAGACAACCAUGGCAAGCUAGAAAACAGCACCACUCACCAUUUCCUCAACAACAAGAUAAGGUUAGAUCUUCACUGAAAAUUACUGUGUAAAAUAAUGUUUUAUGUAAGAGCUGAAUGUUGUUACCUUGGAAAUUUGUGUUAAGAAAGUGGCACAUUUUUCCUUAAUCUCUACAUGUUGUAUGGAAAGUCUUGAAGACCAAGAAAACAUGUGGAAACACAAAUUUUAGGAACAUUUUUCUAUUUUGUGGUCAACUCUCUGCAGUUCUGUUGUAAGUUUUAAAGUAAGAGAAACAAUAUUUAUUUUGAAGGCCAGAUGCAAAAUACUAUAUGAUUAAGUUUGCAGACAAGGAGAGUGUUUGAUGCUCCAUUCAUUGCAUGCCAUUAAAUCAGUGUUAGUUAACUAUUUUCUGGUCAAAAGAAAAAUGGUGUUGAUGGUCAUCAGUUUACUGUGAAAUGAAGUUGAAGCGUGACUUGUUGCAUCAAAGAAUAUUAUUUCUUUGACUUGAAGGCCAGAUGGAAAGUACUGUAUAAGUCAGUUUGUAAACAAAAAGAGUUUAUAAUUCUGAAGUCAUUGCAUGUCUUUAUAUUAGUAUAUACAUUUAUCUCUCUUACUUUAUAAGUUUUUAGUUGAAGUUCAAAAAAGAGAUAAAUGUAUUUUUAUGGAUAUAACGAUAUGUGUUUCAGGAAGAUUGUAAUAUUAGAUUAUGCUCAGUUAUUUCAGAAACGUGAGAUAUUUCUGUUUUCCCAUCCAGUGAAAAACAAGAUUUAAAUAAAUUAUUAAUGGUGAUUGCUGCAUAGAUUAUUUCUAGUAUUGCUCAGGGCUGUCAUUAAGGGCUGGAGGCCAGGGAUUUCCUCUGGCUUCCAUGAAUAUAACCUCCAGCUUCUUUCAAAGGAAAAUAUAAUAGAAGAAAGAUAGAAUCCCUAGCUGCUUAUUUCCCUGCCUACUUGUUGUAUUUACCUAGCAACUUGAAGUCUUAGGGACAGCCCUGAUUGCUUAUCUAACUUUAUUUUUUUCUGUCAUUCAGGAGUUCAUCAAUAGGGAUCAGGAAAACAGACGUGACUCUCAGUUGCCCCCACGACCUGCUUUUGUACCGCGUCAACAACGCAAUUCUUACGCUGAUGCUGUCAAACGGAACAAUGAAAACAGCAACACCAGUGGUAAACAAUUUUGGAAACAGUCAAAUCAACAAAAGUGGACUGCGGGCUAGUAAAUUGUUUGAUGUGUUAUGUUUCAUAAAUCUGAGCAGAUGUACCUAUUCAAAUAAUUAUUCAUUAUAAGUUUUAUAGUUUAUCAUGUUGUGAAGCUAACAAAGUCACCAUCUGAACGUAAUGGGUAUCAAUACUUAUAGUAACUUAUGCUUCAGCUUGCCACUAUAUUUACAUUUUCUCCGGUGAGAUUUAGCAGUGUUGCUUUGUGACCGGCAUGUAUGCACAGAAAACUUUUGUGGUUUGAGGUUAACUGGACAACUAACUUGGCUUUCAGUUAACCCUUUGAGCCCCAAUAUCCAGACUCAAAUUCUCUAAACUGAAUGCAAUACAUUUACUUAAAGAAUAAUUCUUUAUUGUUUGAGAGAAUUUGACAAAGGAUUUUUCAAAAUGUCCCUUAAGUGAUCAUUUUAAUAAUUCUCAUUACGUUUCCUUAUGAUUUUGUAUUGUUACUGUUAGCAGAAAAUAAUUGAUCUCGGUCACUUUAAGGGUUUUUAAGGUUAAGUGUCCAACUAUGAAUGUAACAAAAUCAUAUCUCUUAUUGCAGGUGGAAAUGUGAAUAACAAUAAUUUUCCUUCAACAACUGCAAAGAAGUUCAGACCAUCUUUUGAGGGAGAAGGUGGUCAGUCCCAGGAUGGCCGCCGCAGCCCUUCUAGCCAUACAGAGCCUGCUGAACAAACCUAUGCAAACUGGAGGCAACAGCCACAGCAACAGCAGCAGCGGCACCAGUCACCACCACCCCAGAGAAGACCAAGACAAGAAAAACCCACCCAUGAAAAAGAGAACAGGUUGGUGUAGGUUAUUUUGACUCUCAGAAGCCUUUGCUACUUCUACAGAUUUGCUUUAGCAGUUGACAUGGCCAUACAAAUAAGACAAUGAUGGUCUUUACACUAGAGCCUUAAUAAGCUAAGAAGUAUUUCAAGACAAGUAAAGUUUAAUUACUUCAAGUAAAAUAAGGCAUCACACACAACUGAUUCUUUUUACUUCGGGUUAACUUAAGCUGUUUUCCCAUGCAACAUAAUUAAGAUUUAUUGACAUGUUUCGCCUUUCUCAAAGCUCAAGAAACCACAAGUCAGCUAAGUCGGUCAUAGGGAUGGUUUUCAAGUCACUUGAAACUUUCUUGAAUAAUGAGAUGCAAAAUAAAGUUAUUUGAGAUUUUACUUAGGCCUUCACACAAGCAUUUUUGGUUAAGUCUAACUUAGCAGCUCUUAAGUCUUAUGUAACAGCCUGGUGUAAAGACAACCAAUGUUUCAAUUUUUUUCCCUAUUUGUUGUUUUUGAUCUGUACAAACACAGUCUCGGAGAACUUUUUCAGACGAAAAUUGAGGGAAAUUUCAGCGCAUCUAUUGUUCUAGUCCCUGCAAAAUUUCGGAAGCUUGGGGAUGAACCAAAACGAAAGUUCACAGCAUGAACCAAAAUUUUGUUGUGGAAUUUCGAGAAAGCUUCCUGAAAUUUCAGUUUGUGUUAAACAAUAUUUUGUUGCGAAAUUUCUAAAGGUAUGUAAUAUCUUGGAUUGUGUUGUCUAAUAACAGCUUUUUUUCCAGGGAUGAAACCUCUCUCUCAGCACAAGAGUGGCCACCAAGUUUGAGGUGCUUCUUAGUUCAUAUUUGGUCUUCCUUUAACAGUUUAGCAAUACAAAAGACAACAAGUAUUGACAGGAGAACCCUGAACAGGAAACUGCGUCUCUCACUGAAGGGUUACCUUAGGUUCACCAUAGCAAUUAAGCAGCAAAUAAAAACAUAAAUGCAUAAUCAAGUGGAAAAUAAGUUAUUUAAAAUAUUAAAUUACAAAUGUAAUUUGAGUAAGAAAAAUAAAUUCAGAGAAAGAGAAUGUAGUAAUAUCCUUCAUGUAGCAUAUUCCAUUAAACUUCAGGAACCAUACAUCAAAUUAAAGCAUAUAGAGCUGGCUACAGUAAUGUUAAUGAUAAUGUUAAUAAUAAUAAUGAUAAUGAUGAUAAUAAUUAUAAAAAAGACAAAAAUGAUACUAAUAGUUAUCAUAGCUUACCUACCAUUUUGUAAAAGAAUGCAAUUGUUGAGAUUUUGUUGACAUUUGGAUGCAAACAUCUGAGUAAGUCUUUAUAAUCUAGAACUCAAAACAAGUCAAUGAUAAUAUUUACACCACAUUAAUGAAUUGUUGAUGUGAAGGUAUCUGGGUGAUGCAAAGACUAGUGUUUUUGCAUUUGUUUCGUGUUUUUCUCCCUUGAUGUAGAUUACCAGUAAAAUAUCUUUUGUGAUAAAAGGUUUUUUGGUUUUGGUUUUGUCUUUUAUUUGUUAAAAUAAUUUUCUGGCAUUGAGAUCUUACUAUCUCUUGUUUUCAUUGUUGUUUUCAGGGAUUAUGUACAGAGAGCAUUUGAAAAGUGUGAAACAGAGGAUGAUAAAGAUCAAACCGAGCAGUUUCUGAAGAAUAUGUUAACAACAGCAUUUAAAGAUGGCACUGCCUGGGUAGUUGACUGGGACAAGGAGCCCUUACCCAGGUAAGGGCUGAGGGAAACAAAAGAAAAGAGAGUGAAAAUUAUGUCCCUUGAUGAGGUCAAACCCCCGUGGGAAUAAAUCUGCAAGCCUGGUUGUUCGGAAGUUGGAUUGCAUUAUCCAGUGGAUAAGUGUUAAGAAAACCAUUACUUUAUCCACUAGAUAGUGAAUUAUCUGGGGAUGAAAAACAUCAUCUACCUUUGGAACAAAAAAUGGGGGCCUGGAUAAUAAUUAUUUAUAGUCUAAAGCGGGGUCAAUUGAGUAUAUGAAGAGUGUGACAAUUAUAACAAACUCACAGAUGAUUGUGGAAAAUUUUAGACAUCAAGGACUCGCUCAUCAUGUUUUGUAUCCUCAGGUGGCUCAUAGUAGCCUUUAACAAAAUAAUGCGUGUGAAAGCCCACUUCAAACAAUUUUUCUGGUUUCAAUGAUCUUUUUCUGGGGUAAAAUUCUCAGCUCUAAGCAAGGAAGUUCGUUCUUAAAAUUUGCAGAACUUUUAGUUUAACGGGUUGUGGUUGUAAUUUUAAUUUCUUUACCCUGGUUAUAGCCUGAAAAGAUCCCCUCAUGAGGAGAAAAAACUGCCUAGAUGGCAUCCCUCACGAAGACGGUCCCCACCUUCCAAUAGAAGAAGAAAAGAAAGAAGCAGAAGUCUAUCUCGUUCCAGGAGUCGCAGUAGGAGUAGGAGCAGAAGUAGAAGUGUUAGUCCAGAAACUAAGCCAAGAUCAAAGGCAUUUGAUCCAAAAAGGCUUGGAAAGAAAUCACCGAAACCUAAAGGAAAGGGAGUAAAAGCCCAGAAAGGAAAAAAGAAAGGGUGAGCAGUUAAUGUCUAUAGCUGUCACUAGACUCACUGGCAAAUUCUCUACACCACAGUGCAUACAAAGCUGUACUUUUAUUCUAAUACUUGUGAUGGCUAGUAAUUUUGUAUAGGUAACUACCUGAAUUUGAGUGCAUUAAAUGGUUUGUGCUGCUUAUGGUAGCAAACAAAAAUUAAAAUGGCUUAUUUUUUUUCCAAAUUGGAUAUCACAUUAAUUUUGUUGUAUUCUUUAACAAAUAGUGAGUUACUGUAUAAAUAUUAGUGAACUUAUGCAAUAGGACGCGAGAGGAAAGAGAACGGCAAACUUUGUAUGACAAGCGUGACAAUAAUUUUGUUUGAAAAAACUUUCUGCCAAUCUUCAAACAGAUCUUUAAACAGAUCUUUUUUGUAAAACACUUGAAAACAUAAAUAUUAAUUGAAGAUCAUGACAAAACAUGCUAGUAAUAGCCCUGUCACAUUUGUGACACCCAAGCGUUUUGCUGUCCUCUUCUUUCUGCCAUCCUGGGCCGGGUUGUCCAAAGCUGGGUUAAGAUAACCCAGGGUUAGUGGGAAAUUUGAAUUCAGGUAUGAAAGCUUAAAAAAUAAAUUCACUUAAAUUCUUUUUGUCAACAAGUUGAUGAUCGGAUUUUUUCACAAUAACAGAGAAAAUUAGCUGAGAAAAUUGUUUUGAACAAAAGAAAAAGAAACCCGGGUGUAACUUAACCCUGGGUUAAGUGCUAAUCGGCCUUCGAACAACUGGGCCCUGUUGUGUAAACUCACUAAUAUUUCUUUCAUCAUACAAUCAGUCAAAACAAUUGGCCCUUUAAAAUGUUUCCAAAUGCCACUAAGUGGGUUUCUUUUAUUUCUAGACAACAAAUACUAUAUAAUGCAGCUGCUGAUCCAGAAGCACAACAAAAAAUCCAGAAACGCGCAGAACGGUUCAAGGCAUGUUUAAAUGCGCAACGUUCCACAACCCCAACUCUUCUGACCACGAUCCAGUCUAUGGUAGGGAUUCUAUUGUAAUGUGCUGUGAAUUCUAUUGCUAGAUUUGACAUGUGGUAGUUGCAGCGUGCAAAGAAAGUAGUGUCCGUUAGCCCAGGGCUAGCGGAUUUUGCUAACGGGCUAGUGAAAUCUGUUUUUAACUUGCCCGACGGGCAAGUGAUGUUCUUUGAGGAAUUCGAAUAACAGAAGAAUUGUGAAAUUUGACAAAAAGCUUUUGGGGCUAGUUGAAAUGACGUCUUGGCUAGUAAAUGCUAGCUUCAGCUUGCCUGAAUGGCAAGCUGUAAAAAUGAUUUUCUAUGCACUCUGAGUUGUGUUUUACUGCAAGGGCUACCAGGGUUGUCAUUAAGAGCCGGGGGCCGGGGAUUUUCCCUGGCUACUAAGAGAGUAGCCCCCGGCUACUUUUAUCGGAAAAUAGAAGAAAAAUAGAACCAAAAGAAAUCCCUAGCCAUUUGAUUCCCCGCCUACUUGUUGUAUUUACCCGGCAACUUGAAAUCUUAGUGACAGCCCUGGGCUACUGUCAAUGUUAGAAAUGGUGACUUUUUGUUAAUACAUGUAAUUGAAUUUAAUUUACAUUACAGUACAUUUCCCCUUUUUCUGCAUUGUUUUCUUGUGAUUGUUGUUUCUUUUGUUUAUGCUUAAUUCCUCUAAAUGCCAUAAGUUGGCAGUCCUGUUUGCUUUGAAUGGCUUACUGUGAUUUAGGGCUCAGCUGCUUAUUCGGUCAAAAGUCAAGUUUAAGUAGUUAUAUCUUUAGUAGUUUUAGGUCAUACAAGGCCAAGGCCUUCACUAUAGUAUUGAUAAUAGUUUUAGAGGCUUUCUCUUCUGUCCCAUUCACACCAAACCUGAAACAUAAUCAAUUAUUUAUUAAAUUGUAAAAGUUGUCUAUCAAUUCUGUCUAUAUAAUUAAUUAUGUUAACAUAAUUAAGGUAGAAAUCCUUUGUUGAGUUCAUACAAGUACGAGUUGUUAUUUCUUUGAUUGUUUGUGUCACAGAUUGUUUUUUUUUUUUUAAUUUUACUUUCUGUUAAAACUAUUGUUAGUAAGCAUGGAGGGAGUUAGCUAUAUCGGAAUGCUGUUAUGAUGCAAGAAAUAUUUUUUGUGCUUUUUCAAACUUAACUAACAGACAUUUGAAGAUGGUGAAGAAAUGGAUUGGAGUAAAUACCAUGUGGUUGGUACCUGUCAAGACCUUGAAAAGCCUUACCUCAGGCUUACUUCGGUAAGUUUGUUCUUUUAUUGUGAUUGUGAAAUGCAGGCCAAGUUUACUGGAUAAGAAAUAGUUUUAGUGGUUAGUGGUUACAAUGAUUUUAUCCCAAAUGAAGUUUUUGCUUUUGUUUGUUUAAUCGCAAAACUUUGUUGAACAUGCUCUCUCUUUCCCAGUCCUUGGGAAGAACAACUUAAUGACUUAAAAUGGGGCUUGGUGGUGCUUCAGUCAUCUAAACCUCUCAAAGAGUCUGUCAAAAUUUGAUGAUUAGUGAUUAUUAGUUCACUAACUACUUCUACAUUGAACCAUUGUUGUUACCCUUUAGUAUUCAGGUGGAAAUAAUUUAGUACUAUUUUUAAUUCUUAUUUUGAAUACUAAAAGGACAAUAUUGAAGUUUCUGAGGUAUUUUUGCAGGCACCUGAUCCAUCCACUGUUCGCCCUGUGGAAGUGCUCACUAAAUCUAUGGAACUUAUAAAAAACGACUGGAAGAAUAAACAGGACUAUGUUUAUGCAUGCGAGCAGCUCAAGUCUGUUCGUCAGGAUCUUACGGUAUAAGAGCUUUUCAUAGUUUUUUUCUUAAAUUCUACUUUGUCAUUUACCAGAAUGUUAUUUUGAAAAUUGUAGAGUUUUAGGGCACCGUAUGUACUGUAAAGCCAUUGUAGUUAUUCCCUUUGUUUUAUUCAUGCUGGUUCUAUUACAGCAUCAAAAAUACAUUUUAUUAGCCUGUUUACAGUAAUAUACAUGUACAUUAACUUGCCAUGUUUAUAUAAGUGACAAUAUUAUUUUUUUAUUAUUACUAUCAUCAGGUGCAAGGGAUCAGAGACUCAUUCACAGUUCAAGUCUAUGAGACUCAUGCUAGGAUAGCCUUGGAAAAGGUAUGCAGUUCACCUCAGUUUCAUGAAUUUAUGAUCAUGUAAACAAGCUCACUCUUAUUUUUAAGACUCGCAUAUUUCUUUAUAUUUAACUGAAGAUGCAUUUACUGUAGUUAUUAUGGGUGCUUACAUGUAAGUGCAGAAGAAAGAAGUAAACUAAGCCAAAAUUAAAAAAACUUGUUUGUCUUACAACUGUUUCAGAUAACACGCAACUUGCAUUGUCAAAGACGUUUCAGAAUUUUGGGUUUUCUUCAAUGUCAAUCAAACCAUUAUCAUAACAUCCAAUCCUUGCUUGUCGAAUAGAGGCAGCAAUAACGAGCAGAAGCUACAAAAUUAAAAUGUUUGCGGGAAUGUACUGAUUUGUUUUCACCCUCCCAUACCUGGGUUUCUUCCGGAUUUGGAAGCUCUAUAGGAACAAUUUCACCUUGGGAAUCUAAGCUUGCCAUGUUUCGGUAAGGAGGCAAAAAAACAUGAGAGCUAAAAUGUGAAAAGUUUAUUUUCCACAACAGAACAUCAAAGCACAAAUCCCCACGAUCGACAAGGCACAGAGCAGGAAGACCUACCAUGCUUUUCAAAAACAGGUGAACUCUGAAGUUCAAAGCAACGAACGCACACAAAACGGAUUGUAACCCACCUGUCCCAAAUCACAAACCAUGACCUUUUGAACCUGUGGAAGUAAAAUUCUGUUUCCUAAAAGGUCCGCUAGAAAGCACCGAACCCUCAGAUUUUGAUUGACGUCGCAGAAAACCUCAAAAUCCAAAGACAUUUUUGACAUGGCAGGUCAUGUGUUAUCCAAAACAGUUGUAAAUUAAAAUAAUUGGGAAAAGUUGCUAAGUUUAUUUCCGAGGGACAAAACAUUUUUUUGUCAUGGUUAUUGGUCUAAAAUGAAUUUGUUGUGAAAUUGUAAAGCAGUACUUUGUUUGGCAUUAAAUUUACUUGCCUUAUCACAGAUAUUUUGCUACCGAGUGACCUCUCUGUGUCUCCCAGAGAUUUCAUGCUUUCUGUAUUGAGGCAAUAUUUAGUUUGUAAGCUUAGAAAGGAUGAGACCAUGUUUACAGCAUGAGUUUCAAUAUUGUAGGGAGAUCGUGAAGAGUUCAACCAGUGUCAGACACAGCUGAAAGCCCUAUAUGCAGAGAAACUGCCGGGAAGCAUUCUUGAAUUCACUGCUUACAGACUACUCUACUAUAUACUGACAAGAAAUAACUUGGGUAUCCUUAUGUUAACUGUUGCAUAAAUCUUUUUCUUAUGUACAUGUACUGUUUGGGUUAUUCUGUAUUUGGUUUGAUGUUGUUUUUUUAUGUAUUCAGUGAGGCACAGGAUCAAAACACCAUUUGGUUACUUUGUUACUGUGGAAAAGUAAUAGUUAGACCUUACCUUGUGCACCCAUACCUUAUCACAACUUUUUUCCUGGCAUCUGGCCACGGUUGUUCAAACGUUGGAUAGUGCUAUCCACCAGAUAAAUCACUAAGCAGUAGAUAAGUAUUAGGGAAAACAUUUGCGUUAUCCAGUGGAUAGAUGGGGGGCGGGGGCGUGGAGCACUCAGUGGUUUAAUUCUACAGUCACUAUCUUUGAUUUUGAAGGUAGAAAUAGAUGGGUAGAGUAGUAAUUGCAAUCAGAAGGGUUGUCGUAAGGAGAAAAGUGAAAGUGAGCGAAGAAGGAGGGUUUAAGAGUUACCCCCUUCCCUUCCCCUUCACCCCUGUUAAGUUAGGCACCACAGCCUGAAGAAAUUCUACUGUUUGUGUACCCUGCAGAAACGGAUGUACUGCAGGAUAGUCAUUACAUAAUGUUUCUAACUUUAAGAAGUUAUUAUUUUGUAGGAGGGUUUUUAAAUAGCAGCCCGCAGAUCAACUAAAUGAGAUGCUGUGCAGGGUGUAAAGAAAGCCAAUUUUACAGCUUGCCUGAAUAGCAUAGUAGCAUGUACUAGCCUAAAAGUCAUUUCAACAAGCCCCCCACCCCCCCCCCCCCCCCAAAAAAAAACUGAUAAACACUACAUCGAUUACUGUUCUUCUCUAAUUAAAAUUCUCCAAAAGAAUUUCACUUUCCCAUUGGGCAAGUUAAGAACAGAAUUCACUAGCCCUAUAGCAAAAUCCACUUGUCCUGGGCUAUUGGACACUACUUUCUUUUCACCCUGCUAUGGUAACAUAAGCUGGUUGAUCUCACGACCCAACAUUUUGAUCGUAUCUUUUGUGUAGUAAAUUAUUGUUUUGUUAAUUGCACAAUAGUAGAAAAAUACAAUGUUCCUUAACUGUAAAACAGACCUGACCACUGCUUUAGCACAUUUGACAACAGAGGAGAAAGCUGACCCGGCUAUAAGACAUGCUUUAUUAAUACGUUCAGCUUGGGCUCUGUCUAAUUAUCACACUUUUUUCCAGCUGUAUUUGAGUGCACCCAACAUGUCAGGCUAUCUAUUAGAUCUCUUUGUCCAGCGUGAGAGGGUUCAAGCACUCAAGGCCAUGGUUAAAUCGUGGGUUGUUUUUGUUCUCUAUUUAUUGGGGCAUUUGAUGAUCUGU